GGAAAUGGCGUAAGACAGUUUGAAAUUAAGUUUUCAGAGUGAAACAGAUGAAAAUAUGCAAGAUGGUUAUACCAAAUGCUUAGCUAAUAUUAAUGGACAGCAUAGAUCUACCUUAAUGAGAGGGGAGCCCCUUAAUUUGAACGCAUCCUACGGGAUCUACUAUAUGAUAUAUAUUGUUUUGCUAUCAAUGCUUUUGGUUGCCAAUGCACUGCCACCAGUAAUACGAGUUGGAGCUGUUUUUACAGAGGACGAACGUGAGGGUGGCAUUGAGUCGGCCUUUAAAUAUGCCAUUUAUCGCAUCAACAAGGAGAAAUCUCUGCUGCCCCACACUCAACUUGUCUAUGAUAUUGAAUAUGUGCCCCGAGAUGAUUCAUUCAGAACCACCAAAAAAGUCUGUCGUCAGUUGGAGGAUGGUGUCCAAGCCAUCUUUGGACCCACAGAUCCACUGCUCGCAGCCCAUGUUCAAUCGAUUUGUGAAGCCUUUGAUAUUCCGCACAUAGAAGUUCGAAUUGAUUUGGAAAUGAGUGUCAAGGAGUUUUCCAUCAAUUUGCAUCCGUCCCAAAACAUUAUGAAUUUGGCGUAUAGGGACUUGAUGAUGUAUCUCAACUGGACAAAAGUUGCAAUUAUUUACGAAGAAGACUAUGGACUUUUCAAACAGCAGGACCUGAUUCACUCAUCGGCGGAGAUGAGAACUGAAAUGUAUAUAAGGCAAGCAAAUCCGGAGACUUAUCGACAAGUUUUACGCGCAAUUCGCCAAAAGGAAAUUUACAAAAUCAUUGUUGACACAAAUCCAACAAAUAUCAAAGCAUUUUUUCGAUCUAUUCUACAGCUGCAAAUGAAUGAUCAUCGCUAUCAUUAUAUGUUUACAACAUUCGAUCUGGAGACGUAUGAUCUUGAGGACUUUCGCUAUAACAGCGUAAAUAUCACCGCUUUUCGUCUGGUUGAUGUCGGCAGUAAACGUUACCAGGAAGUUAUAGAUCAGAUGCAAAAGCUGCAGCACAGCGGUCUAGAUAUUAUCAAUGGCAUACCCUACAUACAGACGGAAUCGGCCCUGAUGUUUGAUUCGGUUUAUGCAUUUGCCUAUGGCCUAAAACAUUUGGAUAGCAGUCAUACUUUGUCUUUCAAGAAUCUUUCCUGCAACUCCGAUCAAGUCUGGAGCGAUGGACUCUCACUAUAUAAUUAUAUCAAUUCGGCCACCGUUGAUGGCAUGACUGGCAGGGUUAAUUUUAUGGAGGGGCGACGCAAUAAAUUCAAAAUUGAUAUACUCAAAUUGAAGCAAGAAAUAAUACAAAAAGUUGGCUAUUGGCAACCAGAUAUGGGUGUUAAUAUAUCAGAUCCCACAGCAUUCUACGACUCGAAUAUUGCAAAUAUAACACUGGUCGUCAUGACUCGAGAGGAACGGCCGUAUGUAAUGGUUAAGGAGGACACUAACCUAACAGGAAAUGCCAGAUUUGAGGGCUUCUGCAUUGAUCUCUUAAAGGCCAUCGCACAGCAGGUGGGAUUUCAAUAUAAAAUUGAAUUGGUGCCAGAUAAUAUGUAUGGGGUUUAUAUACCGGAAACCAAUUCCUGGAAUGGCAUCGUACAGGAGCUAAUGGAAAGGCGCGCAGAUUUGGCUGUGGCCUCAAUGACCAUAAAUUAUGCGAGGGAAAGUGUUAUUGAUUUUACAAAACCAUUUAUGAAUCUCGGAAUUGGCAUACUCUUCAAGGUACCGACAAGUCAACCCACACGACUGUUUUCCUUUAUGAACCCAUUGGCAAUCGAGAUAUGGCUUUAUGUGCUAGCUGCUUAUAUCCUAGUAUCGUUCGCACUAUUUGUGAUGGCUCGUUUCUCGCCGUACGAAUGGAAAAAUCCACAUCCCUGUUACAAGGAAACCGAUAUCGUUGAGAAUCAGUUUUCUAUUUCCAACAGUUUUUGGUUUAUAACGGGCACAUUCUUACGACAAGGAUCCGGUCUAAAUCCAAAGAUCUCAGAUCGUGCUCAAACGAAGUUUUUCUCUUUUAUGAAUCCGCUUGCGAUCGAAAUAUGGUUAUAUAUAGCAUUUGGCUACAUUCUAGUCUCGAUCUGUAUCUGGAUUGUGGCCCGAUUAUCUCCAGUCGAAUGGGUUCGUUCCAAACCAGCCUGUUCCAUGGCCUGCGAUCAUAUGUUGCAUAAAAUACGAAAAGCCAAUUAUAUAUACGAUCAAUUGGAACUGAAGUCGUUAACGAGUGCUAAUGAAAAAUUAAAUAAUGAUUAUAAAGAUAAUGCUGAUACUGAUCUUGUGGAUUGCCUGACAAAAACAACAAGAAAACAGCCAGUUUUUCCUGCCGACAAGCAUAAUGAUAAUACCGAUAACUAUAACGAUAACGAUUUCGAGGACACUUUGGAGCUGGUUAACGUCCAAAAUGAUUUUACACUGAAAAAUAGUUUCUGGUUUGCAAUUGGCGCCCUAAUGCAGCAGGGAGCCGAUUUAUAUCCUAGGGCCACUUCUACGCGAAUCGUUGGCGGCUGCUGGUUUUUCUUUUGUCUGAUUAUAAUCUCAUCAUAUACAGCUAAUUUAGCUGCAUUUCUAACUGUGGAGCGUAUGAUAACCCCGAUUGAAAGUGCGUCCGAUCUGGCAGAUCAAACGGAAAUAUCCUAUGGCACCUUGGAGGGUGGUUCGACAAUGACUUUUUUUAGGGAUUCCAAGAUUGGUAUAUAUCAAAAGAUGUGGCGUUAUAUGGAGAACCGUAAGUCGUCUGUAUUUGUGAAGACCUACGAAGACGGCAUUAAACGUGUUAUGGAGGGAAAUUAUGCCUUCCUAAUGGAAUCUACUAUGUUGGAUUAUGCUGUUCAGCGGGAUUGUAAUUUAACACAAAUUGGUGGUUUGCUGGACUCCAAGGGUUAUGGUAUUGCAACACCAAAAGGUUCGCCAUGGCGCGAUAAAAUAUCAUUAGCAAUAUUGGAGCUGCAAGAAAAAGGCAUAAUUCAGAUAUUGUACGACAAAUGGUGGAAAAAUACGGGAGAUGUGUGUAACAGAGAUGACAAAAGCAAAGAAUCAAAAGCCAAUGCGUUGGGUGUGGAAAAUAUCGGUGGCGUAUUCGUUGUUCUACUUUGCGGCCUGGCGCUGGCUGUUGUUGUGGCCAUUUUUGAGUUUUGUUGGAAUUCCAAGAAGAACUUGCACACCGACAAUCAAUCCUUGUGCUCGGAAAUGGCCGAGGAGCUGCGCUUCGCGAUGCACUGCCAGGGUUCCAAGUCCAAGCAGAGACCAGCCAUAAAACGGGAUUGCUUAAAAUGUGCUCCUGGGUCCACCUAUGUCCCCGUUACAACAAUGCCAAAUUUGGGCGUUCAUUACAACUAUUUUAAUUGAGAACGUUGAUUUUGGAGAACGCUUCUAAAUUCUAGUUAAUGAUAUAUACAUAACAUCAUAUACAUAAUAUAUGUCUAACUGGCUUAAC